CAAAGACAACGACGUCUCCCGAUAAUUUGGUAAGAAACUUUUUACCUGAAAAUGAACAAAAUUCGUUAAAAUUAUGCUUGAACAAAUUUGACUUGUACAAUUCGGGUUUUGACGAAUAGAUGAACUCAGGGAAACCAUUUACGAAGUUACAUGUGUAAUUUUAACCAUGUUUGGAGAUUUGUUCGACGACACUGCUGAGGGAAUUUCCCCGACCGUGAAAUGUGGUGGUGGUGCCAGCAGCAGCAGCAGUGGUGGUGGGACAUCUCUAACGCCGACCACGGCACCGCGAUCUAGCUGUGGACUGGCCGGAAUUGACAAUCGUGGGGCGACGUGCUACAUGAAUGCUCUGUUACAAACCUUGUUAUUUACGCCAGAAUUUAGAGAGUCAUUAUUUGCGCUUGGAUCAUCAGAACUUGGAGAGUUGGUUAAAAAAGAUCUUCCAGAGGCAAAGGUGCGGGUUAUACCGAUUCAGCUUCAGAGAUUAUUUGGUCGACUCUUACUUCUCGAUCAGCAAAGUGCAUCCACUAAGGAACUUACUGAUAGCUUUGGUUGGCAAAACAAUGAGCAAUUUCAACAACAUGAUGUACAAGAACUGAAUAGGAUUCUAUUCAGCGCUAUUGAGGAUUCACUCAUAGGAACAUCUGGCCAAGAACUUAUAUCGCAUCUUUAUCAUGGGAUUAUUGUUAACAAGAUUACAUGUGAAGAAUGUAGAAGAGUCAGUGAAAGGGAGGAAGACUUUUUGGAUCUGACGUUAGCUGUAGCUUAUUACUCUGGGGUACUAGAUACUCUGAAUACAUGUUAUGUUGAUGUAGAACGAAUGGAGGGACAGAAUCAAUACCACUGCAGUAGUUGCUGCAAAUUAGUCAAUGCUAUCAAGAGCGCCAAAAUUCGGUCCCUGCCGUCUAUUUUGACUGUGUCCUUGCUACGAUUCAGCUUUGAUUACCAGAAAUGUCAACGAUACAAGGAAAUAGGGAAGUAUAUCUUCCCACAAGAGAUUGACAUGACAGACUACUGUGAGAAGAAAGAAACAUCUAAGACUACAGUUUAUGAAUUGUACUCCGUUUUGAUCCAUAGUGGAAGUACACAUGGUGGACAUUAUCAUGUAUACAUCAAGGAUAUAGAUGGGCUUGGAACCUGGACAACACCUGAGAAGGAAGUGACGGUUCUACACAGUAAACCAUCCAAAGAUAGAAAAGUUGACUUAAUUGAGCUUAAUUCACCUUUGGAGCUGCUUGCUACAAUGCUGAGAAAACGAGGUGGAGUCCAGCAAAAGAUGCAUCUUGAUAAAUUGUGUCAGGCCUUAAGUGACGAGACUGGUGUGUCAUGGAACAAACGAUUCAAGAAAAAAUAUGGAACUGCAACCAAGUUUGUGAAAAGUCAUCAAGAAGUCUUCUUAUUUGACCCUCAAACAAACUCUGUGUCUAUGAAGCAGCAUUCACAAGAGUUCCCUGUUGCCAUGUCAACUGAUGAGUCACAUCAAAGCGAGGACAAUUCUGCAUUGAGGGGCAGUUCUUGUUCUGCAGAGCCAACUGCUGGUCCUGAGGCAUCAAAUGGAUUGAACAUAGAAGGAUUCAAGGAAUCACAGAAUGUAGAGAAUGGGUCUAGACUGAAUCCUGAUGAAGUGGAAGGCGGAGACGGUGAUAGUACUAAGUGCCAGGCUGUGGGCAGACAUAGUGAUAACAAGAAAAUCCCCACCCUGGGGGAUCAUGAUGCCAAGGCAGUUAUACAAGGACCAAGAACUGAUCAUCUUCCAUGUCAUGAAGAAAUUGGGCAAGGGGAGGUUUCAGAACAGUCUGGAAAGGACGCUGACCCUAACCCUAACCAAGUUUGUGAGACUGAUGCAGACCCCGACUGCCAAAAAUUAACUGACCUAAAGACUUCUCAAUCUUCUUGCCAUGAAAUGCUACAGCAGCCAACUUCAGAAAAUAGCACUUUGGGUUCUAAGGGUCAACUGGAUACUAAGACACAAACUGUAUUCAAAAAGGGAGAAGACAUUGAUAAGUCUGAAGACCCUGUGGAGGUUGAAAGUAAAAAACACUGGUUUGAUUUUAAUGAUUCCAAGGUGACAUCUAUUAAUGAAAGUUUUGAUCUCCCAAGACAGUUUUCAGGCAGGGAAAGUGCCUAUAUGCUUUUCUACAGAAGAAAGUCAAUGGAGAGAACAAAAAAAGCCGCAGCAAACAUCCAACAAGGAAUGCCAGAGUGGUUACUGAAUGAAGUUCUUGAGGCCAAUAAACAGCUCAAUAAACAGAGGGAAGAAUAUGACAAAGCCAUAAACUCUGUACAGAUCUCUGUUGUGUACAGUGAUUUGUAUGAGUACAGGUCGUGUGCUCUCCAUAAGAAACCCACUAUAGAUGUAAGUCCAUGCAGGCUUUCUAUUGAUAGAAGGAGGUCAGUGGCUGAUCUUAAGACACUCAUAAUGAAGGAGCUUGGUGAGUCUAUUUUGAAUGGUCUGACUGUUCAGAAUGUAUGUCUACAUUCAGCUAAGGUGUUACCUGCCGGCCUACACCUCUACAACUGCUUAUCGGAAGACAAUUCAGCCAUCCUUAAAGACAUUGGUCUGACUGAUGACACACUUAUUUUUCUCUGGGAUGGGAAGAAAGUGGAUGGAAUGGAGAUAAGAAGUGGAGAGUUAUGCGAGCCAAUCCUCAUCAACUUGACCUAUGCUGUGACCAGAGAUAACCAGGAAACUGCAGAAAUCCAGAAGGGCUUUGCUAAGGAUCUGACUAUUGGAGAGAUGCGUGCUUUGAUUAGUGUUGAGACUGAGAUACCCCCUAUGUUCCUAACAACUAGUAGGGUGGUGUCAAGUGCCGUCUUGAUCAGGGAGGAGGAGGAUGGUAAGACAGUGGAGGAAAUGGGGAUGAAGGAUGGAGACAGAAUUAUUGCUGAGUACAAGAGGAGAGGGAAAGCGUCGUCUUUGGCUGCUAAUGAAGCGAUGCGUCAAAGCCGUCUAGUUCUUGUGACAGUUGAGAAUCGCUGUUGUGUAGCACCAGAAGGAACAGAGUUGCCAUUGAUACAAGUUGAAAUUGAUAAAGAUGUGACUGUUGCCGAGUUGAAGACCUGCAUCUGCUCUCAGUUAAAAGACACAAAUAAUCAGAUAAUAACUAGUGAAUGUCGGCUCCGUGUUAAUGCAUACAGUGCAGGACUACAGCCACCAUUACACGAGAGUCUAAAGAUAGUUGAGUUUGGAAUAAAGUCUGGUACAGAGUUGAUCAUAGAGAGAGGUGAACCACCCAGGACUAAUCAGAUCACAAUCGGCUUUUCAGUUUGUGUCGGAGGAAUUCAACAGAACCCAACAGAAUUGAUGGUUGACAAGAAAUCAACAGUGCAAGAGACUUUGGAAAUGGUGGCUGGUAUGUCUGGUGUGACUGGUGACCAAUGGCAUCUACGUAAGACCAAUUGGUGUGGAGAACCAACAGAGUUUCUUCAAGACACUAGCUCAACUCUAGACCAAGAGAACAUCUUGAAUGGUGCCUUGUUGCUCCUUGAGGAGGGUCGUUUACCUCCUAAGGGUUUUAUUCGACUACCCAUCUGGAUUUACCCAUCUCCAGAUAAGGGUCAAGAUUCAACCUCCAAUGCUCAGAAGGAGCUGCUCAGUUGGAUUAACACGCAGAUAAUGAAUUUAAUCUUGUCAAAUGAGUUGCAAAAGGACAACACUGUUGGAAAGUCACAACAUGCUCUGGUAGGGAAUGUAGAGCUCUCCCAAGAUGCUACCUUAAAUGAUCUUAAAGUGCAGAUCCUAACAUUGCCAGGGAUGUCUGAAGUAGCUCUACCAGGUCCAGACUUUCUUAGAAUACGUCUUAUGGAUCGAGGACACCUUGGACGGGUACUCAGAGAAAAUCACCAGACUCUCAGGAAAUUAAAGAUUGCAGGUGCCUCUCAAAUCGCAGUUCAAAUUUUACAACAAGAAGAAAACCUCAGUGUUAGUGCAAUAGUUUUAAACAUCUGUCGACGUAUACCAGAGACACGUACUUACCUCAAUGCAGAAGAACUGAUAUGGGACACUUCUAAAGCAGCAUCUCCAGAGAGUUUACGACAAGUUAUAGCUGACCAUUUCCUUCUUCCAGUGGAGCACACUGCCAUCGCUAAACAUCUCAUUCAAAAAUUUGAGUGGCUGGUCAUACAACAAUCAGUGACGGAGAAAAAAACUGGAAAAGGGCGCAACAAGAAGAAAAGAAAAGGAGGAGCCAAGGUGCUUAUGGCGAAUCUCAAACAAGCUCCAUACCACAUUAAGGAUGGAGAUACACUUGGUGUCAAGGAUCUGAGGUUUGACUCUUUAAACAAGGAUGAUUUUACCACAGAGGAGGAUGAUGAUGGGAAGAAGGCAUUGGAGAAAGAAGUAGAGGAGAAGAGAAAAAGGCGGCAAGAGCAAAAGGAGACUGAUGCAUCCUCAGAAGCUGGAGUUAAGAAGCAGCAUCAGAAGAAACCAGAAGUUGGGCUGACCAUCCGUGUUGCUAACUUCAGAUAGCCUUAGUGAAUUGUAUCAAACAUUCGAUUCUGUAUUUACUAUUAAUCUAUAAAUCAGUUGACAUCUCAUUGGAGUGUUUUUGUGAGAUUCACUUAUGUUUUAUUAUGAUAGAAAAUUAUUUAUGGAAAAAAGAAUAUUGAGUAAAGUAAUUGCUGAAGAUGCUUGAAACAAACCUCUCCCUGUGCAAGCUUAUGCCAAAUUAUAAAUAUUAUCUUGUUAGUGUAGAAAGUUGCAAACGUUUAUACACCUUUUGUAAUUUUCAAAUCUGUUUUGUGAUUAAAAGCCAUUAACAAGAAUUUAAAAAGAAAUUGACUCUGAAACACUCACUAAUGCUAUAGGUUUUCUUGCUAAACUUGUUCAGUGCCAAUAAACAAUAUUUGUACUGGUUAUCUUUCCUCUUUUCCUGAUAAAUAUCAUUGUAGCUUUACCAGUAUCAUGAAUAAAAGGUUGUUUGUUUUUAACUUGGGCUACAGCUGCCAUGUUAUAUGUUUUAACAAUGGACCAAUGGUUAAUUUAGAUAACAAUCUAUUUUGAUUUUAUUGAUUUACCUUCUAAUCAAUUUACAAUAACUGUCACUUCAAGGAAGAUGAUAUCAACAUGAAUCCUUUAAUUCCAAAUACAUAAUAAGCAAUUACUGCCCAGAAAAAAAAAGAUACUAGGCAGUGGACACUAUUGGUAAUUACUCAAAAUAAUUAUUGGCAUAAAACCUUACU